UUGCAAUGACCAAUGACAUCAGAGAUUCCGACCUUCCUGAUUGGAAGGAGUGGACUCCGUCGGCGCCUGGAGCUCAGGUGGAUAACAGUUAUCUUCUCAGAGCUGUUCUCCACUCCUGACUUCUCUCAGCCUUGAGAAUUGAUAACAUACUCUUCUGGAUCCUAGCAGUGUCCAGAAGAAGGCCAUGGACAGAACAGAGACUAGGUUCCGCAAGAGGGGACAGAUUAUGGGAAAGAUCACAACCAGCCGUCAACCGCACCCCCAGGACGAGCAGAGCCCCCAGCGGAGCACCUCGGGGUACCCCCUCCAGGAGGUGGUGGAUGAUGAAGUGUCAGGACCAUCAGCCCCUGGGGUAGAUCCCAGCCCCCCAUGUAGGUCCCUUUGCUGGCAAAGGAAGAGGGAGUGGUUGGACGAAUGUGAGGAGGAGCCAGAGAGGGAGCUUGCCCCUGAGCCUGAGGAGACCUGGGUGGUGGAGACGCUGUGUGGGCUCAAGAUGAAGCUGAAGCAACAGCGAGUGUCACCUGUGCUCCCUGAGCACCACGAGGACUUCAACAGGCUGCUUGCCCCUGGGGUAGAUCACAGCCCCCCAGGAAGAUCCCUUUGCUGGAAAAGGAAGAGGGAGUGGUCGGACGAAUCUGAGGAGUCAUCAUCGGAGGAGCCACAGAAGGAGCCUGCCCCUGAGCCUGAAGAGACCUGGGUGGUGGAGACGCUGUGUGGCCUCAAGAUGAAGCUGAAGCGACGGCGAGUGUCGCUCGUGCUCCCUGAGCACCACGAGGCCUUCAACAGGCUGCUUGAGGAUCCCGUCAUUCAAAGAUUCCUGGCCUGGGACAAAGAUCUGAGGGUGUCGGACAAGUAUCUCCUGGCUAUGGUCAUAGCGUAUUUUAGCCGGGCCGGCCUCCCCUCCUGGCAAUACCAACGCAUUCAUUUCUUCCUGGCUCUCUACCUGGCCAAUGACAUGGAGGAGGACGACGAGGCCGCCAAACAAAACAUCUUCUACUUCCUGUACGGGAAGACCCGCUCUCACAUACCCUUGUUCCAUAAGCGUCGGUUCCGAUUAUGCCGUUCCAUGAACUGGAGGGCCAGGAAGAACCGCUCUCAGAUAGCCACGUUCCAGGAGCUUCGGUUCCAGUUCUUCUGUUCCAUGCGCUGCAGGGCUUGGGUUUCCCCGGAGGAGUUGGAGGAGAUCCAGGCUUAUGACCCAGAGCACUGGGUGUGGGCACGAGAUCGUGCCCGCCUUUCCUAGAGCUCCAGGGACCAUGGAGGCCUGAGGUCAUCGGCCUGAGAGAAGAACACCGGGCCCAGGGGAGAUGUGGAUUUUCAGCAGGAACUUUAUUCCAAUGCUAUGGCACACACCAGGAAGGAGGAGAGGAGCCAUUUGUGCAGAUCAUCUAGAAGAACCCGGACUGUUCUAGACGAAGCUGAAUAGAGUGAUCACGUUGUCCUCCUAGGACGGGUGGUGGGGGGGGUACUUCUAGGAAUCCAUAGAGAACAGUAAGAAACGAGGGGUGUUUCUGGUUCCACCCCUUCCUGCAGCACCACCUCCCUUUUUAUAUUGCUGAAUUCCAACCUCCCUUGGGCGAAGCCUGGAGGCCCUGUUUCCUAUGGACUUGGUUGCCACAGUCCAGGAACAUUCGAAGGCACAGUGCAGACACUCAGAUUGGAACGGAAUUCUUUGUGAAAUAUGAGUGCCAUAGACUGUAACAGACAGCUUCAUGCACACUAUGCAUUUAUUGGUUUGUUUGGAAAAUGUUGGCCAUCGAAUUAUUAAUAGGUUUAUUUCAAAUAGUUUGGAAAUUGUACUUUUGAAAACAUGCUGUUCCUGUAGAUUUUUUGAUGAGAGUUAUAGCUGUUAUACAUACAUAAUUUUCUUUUCAUUUUGAGAGAAUCCUUUUUAUCCUAAAUCUUUUAUUAUC